AUGGACAACAUCUCGGAGAUUCUACAGACCAUUCAUAUUGGUGCAGUUGUUGCAACUUUCCUUUUCAACACUGGACGUAUUAUAAGAGCAGUAGACAUCUUUAACGAAUGUUUGGUGCUCCUUAACGGUAAAGCCCUAGAGACAAUCAAAGAACUUACCACACCACUUCUUAUCUAUGUAUACCGUAAGCUUCUUGAUGGCUUUACUCUUGUGUACGAUCACACCCGUGCGACAGAAUGUAAUAAAAGGCUUUUAGCGACACUACACAAUAGUACAAGUGGCCAAAAAGAAGUAGAAGGGAUGACAUUACUUAAACUAGCGAACAUCUACUAUCAAACAAGCAAAUACGAGGAAGCAAAACAGUUUUACAAGAGAGCACUCAGCAUCAUGAUUGAGGCUGGAGAUAAUGACGGAGUUGAAACAUGUUACGGGAAUCUAGGAACUGUGUUUCUUUCUGUUGGUCAAUAUGCCAAGGCUAAAGAAUACCUUCAAAAAGCACUAGUGAUCAAGAAAGAAAUCGGUGACAAACAAGGAGAAGCAUCUGCUUACGGAAAUCUAGGAACUGUGUUUCAAUCUGUUGGUCAAUAUACCAAGGCUGAAGAAUACCUUCAAAAAGCACUGGUGAUCAGGAAAGAAAUCGGUGACAAACAAGGAGAAGCAUCAGAUUACGGAAAUCUAGGAACUGUGUUUAAAUCUGUUGGUCAAUAUACCAAGGCUGAAGAAUACCUUCAAAAAGCACUAGUGAUCAGGAAAGAAGUCGGUGACAAACAUGGAGAAGCAUCAGAUUACGGAAAUCUAGGAACUGUGUUCAAAUCUGUUGGUCAAUAUACCAAGGCUGAAGAAUACCUUCAAAAAGCACUAGUGAUCAGGAAAGAACUCGGUGACAAAAAAGGAGAAGCAUCUGCUUACGGAAAUCUAGGAACUGUGUUUCAAUCUGUUGGUCAAUAUAGCAAGGCUGAAGAAUACCUUCAUAAAGCACUAGUGAUCAGGAAAGAAAUCGGUGACAAACAAGGAGAAGCAUCUGCUUACGGAAAUCUAGGAACUGUGUUUCGAUCUGUUGGUCAAUAUACCAAGGCUGAAGAAUACCUUCAAAAAGUACUAGUGAUCAGGAAAGAAAUCGGUGACAAACAAGGAGAAGCAUCUGCUCACGGAAAUCUAGGAACUGUGUUUCAAUCUGUUGGUCAAUAUACCAAGGCUGAAGAAUACCUUCAAAAAGCACUAGUGAUAAAGAAAGAAAUCGGUGACAAAAAAGGAGAAGCAUCUGCGUACGGAAAUCUAGGAACUGUGUUUCAAUCUGUUGGUCAAUAUACCAAGGCUGAAGAAUACCUUCAAAAAGCACUAGUGAUCCAGAAUGAAAUCGGUGACAAACAAGGAGAAGCAUCUGCGUACGGAAAUCUAGGAAGUGUCUUUCAAUCUGUUGGUCAAUAUACCUAGGCUGAAGAAUACUUUCAAAAAGCACUAGUGAUCAGGAAAGAAAUCGGUGACAAACGAGGAGAAGCAUCUGCUUACGGAAAUCUAGGAACUGUGUUUCUUUCUGUUGGUCAUUAUACCAAGGCUAAAGAAUACCUUCAAAAAGUACUAGUGAUCAGGAAAGAAAUCGGUGACAAACAAGGAGAAGCAGCAGAUUACGGAAAUCUAGGAACUGUGUUUCAAUCUGUUGGUCAAUAUACCAAGGCUGAAGAAUACCUUCAAAAAGCACUAGUGAUCAGGAAAGAAAUCGGUGACAAACAAAGAGAAGCAUCUGCUUACGGAAAUCUAGGAACUGUGUUUAAAUCUGUUGGUCAAUAUACCAAGGCUGAAGAAUACCUUCAAAAAGCACUAGUGAUCAGGAAAGAAAUCGGUGACAAAAAAGGAGAAGCAUCUCCGUACGGAAAUCUAGGAACUGUGUUUCAAUCUGUUGGUCAAUAUACCAAGGCUGAAGAAUACCUUCAAAAAGCACUAGUGAUAAAGAAAGAAAUCGGUGACAAAAAAGGAGAAGCAUCUGCGUACGGAAAUCUAGGAACUGUGUUUCUUUCUGUUGGUCAAUAUACCAAGGCUAAAGAAUACCUUCAAAAAGCACUAGUGAUCAACAAAGAAAUCGGUGACAAAGAAGGAGAAGCAUCUGCUUACGGAAAUCUAGGAACUGUGUUUCGAUCUGUUGGUCAAUAUACCAAGGCUGAAGAAUACCUUCAAAAAGCACUAGUGAUCAGGAAAGAAAUCGGUGACAAACAAGGAGAAGCAGCAGAUUACGGAAAUCUAGGAACUGUGUUUCUUUCUGUUGGUCAAUAUACCAAGGCUGAAGAAUACCUUCAAAAAGCACUAGUGAUCAGGAAAGAAAUCGGUGACAAAGAAGGAGAAGCAUCUGCUUACGGAAAUCUAGGAACUGUGUUUCGAUGUGUUGUUCAAUAUACCAAGGCUGAAGAAUACCUUCAAAAAGCACUAGUGAUCAAGAAAGAAAUCGGUGACAAAGCUGGUGUUGGAGCUUCAUACUUAAAUCUGGGAAAACUUUGUCGAGAAUUUCAACUUACUGCAAAGAGUCAAGAAUUUGCCAAUAAAGCACUUGAGAUAAGUUACGAAAUAGGGGACAUUGAAAUGCAGUUUGAAAGCCACCUUUCCAUUGCUCUGAACGAGUUAGUGGCAGGAGGAAGCAUGACUGAACUUCUUCGAAAUCUGCAUGAAAGCAUUCAGAAGUGCGAAGAAAUGCAUCAUUUUUUAAGAGUGAAAGAUCAAUUCAAAAUUUCUUUUUUUGAUGAACAUGUGUCCCCUUACCUCUUUCUUUGUAGGUUGUUAAUUGCUACAGGCAGUUAUUAUGAAGCUCUUUACGUUGCCGAGCUUGGACGAUCCAGAGCACUAACAGACGUACUUUCAGAUAAGUACUCUGUGGAAAAAGGGGUAUCAGUCGACCCACAGUCAUGGAUUGGUAUUGAGAACAUUAUGAACAAAAAUGCACUUAGUUCUUGUCUUUAUGUUUCCUGCUUCGAUGAUAAUAUGUACUUUUGGAUCCUCAAGCCAAACGAAAUUAUAGUUUUUCGACAAACGAGACUCAAAGAAAGUGCAGAUAAAGUGUUUCUAAAUCAGACAUUUGGUGGCUCUCUUGAUUUACGUCAAGACCAAUGCGAAGAUCGAUCAUUAUUUUCAUGUGUAAGUUCCCCGCUAUCAUGCAAACAAUCUCAGAGUGACAGCUGCGAAUCUUUUCGUCUUAUCGAAGAAGACGAAGACGAAAAUCAAGACUCUAAACCUUUAACCCUUGCUGAUGGUUACAACAUGAUAGUCGCUCCUGUAGCUGACUUACUCCAAGAAUCAGAAAUCAUUAUUAUACCGGAUAACUUGUUGUAUCCUAUUCCUUUUGCUGCUUUAAAGGAUGGUAAUGGAUAUUAUUUAUCGGAUACUUUCAGGAUUCGCAUUGUCCCUUCCUUGACGACUCUUAAGUUGAUUCAGCUUAGUCCAGCAGACUACCAUAGUAAAACCGGUGCAUUGAUCGUAGGGGAGCCAGAAGUUAGUGAUGUAUACUAUCGAGGAAAAAUUCUACAGUUAAACUCACUGCCUUGGGCGAGAAAGGAAGCAGAGAUGAUUGGGCGACUGCUCGGUGUUCAACCGUUGCUUGGAAAGGAUGCAACUAAGCAGGCAGUCCUGGAAAGCAUGCAUUCAAGUCUCAUUCACUUCGCUGCUCAUGGUUAUGCCGAACGUGGAGAAAUAGCUCUUUCCCCUAUAAGCUCCCGCGGAACUCCACACGAAGAAGACUACUUAUUAACGAUGGCUGAAAUUUCACAAGUUCGACUAACAGCCAAGCUGGUUGUCCUUAGCUGCUGUCAUAGUGCAAGUGGUCAGAUUAGAGCUGAGGGAGUUGUUGGAAUCGCUCGAGCAUUUCUAGCAUCGGGUGCACGCGCCGUGCUGGCAGCACUGUGGGCUGUAGAGGACGAAGCUACCAUGUGGUUUAUGAAUCGUUUUUACGAGCACCUUGUUCGUGGUGAAAGUGCCAGUGAAUCUCUUCAUCAGGCCAGGAAGUCGAUGAGAGAGACUGGCUUUUCUGACAUCAUGCAGUGGGCACCCUUUAUGCUGAUUGGAGAUAAUGUGACAUUG